UAUAGCCAUUUUUUUGUUCUUUAACCUAUCUAAUCUCCUCUUUUUGCCUCAGUGUUUUCUCCUCUUUAUUCCCACCAUCAUUUCCCCAAGAUUCUCAAUCCUUCUUCUUCUCUGCAACCCAGAAAUCUUAUCUGAUUCGAUCUGAUCUCCUUAAACCCAUCUCUCAAUAACACCCCAGCUUAUCAUCUAUGACGCUAGGCUCAGGAGGAUCGAGUGUCGUGGUCCCACGAAACUUUAGAUUGCUGGAGGAACUUGAACGGGGAGAAAAAGGAAUUGGAGAUGGCACCGUCAGCUAUGGAAUGGAUGAUGGAGAUGAUAUUUACAUGCGCUCUUGGACUGGCACCAUAAUUGGUCCUCACAAUACUGUACAUGAAGGUCGGAUUUAUCAGCUGAAGCUGUUCUGUGAUAAAGAUUACCCAGAGAGACCACCAAGUGUUCGAUUUCAUUCGCGGAUCAACAUGACUUGUGUCAACCAUGAAACUGGAGUGGUGGAAUCGAAGAAGUUUGGACUCCUUGUGAAUUGGCAGCGCGAGUACACCAUGGAAGAUAUACUGACACAGCUGAAGAAAGAGAUGGCCGCUCCUCAUAACCGGAAGUUGGUUCAACCUCCGGAAGGUACCUACUUCUAGUUUUCAAGAUCAUAUACAUAUCCAUGGAUCAAAUUGCAUUGACCAUAUGCAAUAUAUAGUUUGUAAUGCCGUGUCAAUCCUGUUUAGACAUACAGGGGAAUGCCCCAUAAAGCUUCUCCUAUCACCUUUCCUUGGUCCUUCUGUUUUGUCAUUGUCUUUUAUCGAAUCGUGUUUAAGGGAUGGAUGCUAUUUGAUUAAUGGGACUUUUGUGUGUCAAAUAUUGAAUCCGUUUAACUAGUA